UCGUGCGUCCUGUCGCUUCGUCUGACUCGUCGCGGAGCAUCGGGUGCCAAGGCUGUACUCGUUGGACGCAGCGCACUCUGAGCGCACGCCGGUUUUCCUUUUCUUCUUCUUCUCCUUUUUAAGAAAAAAAAAUCCCGGGUUUAAGCAGGGGUCUGCCAAAGUUUUCUUUACCAAACGGGGAAUAUUUCUUGGAGAUCAAAAUGACCUGAGAGGUGUAGUGCAAUCAGCAGCUCUGGUUAAAGGCGGCAAGGGGGCGGCUGAGCGCCAGCGCCGUGCGUAACACCGUCGGAGCAGGUGGAUGGAGAGGCUGGCAGGAUGCAGCUUUCCAGCAGGUCAGAGCCGCUUUGGACCAGGUGGAUUCCGUAUUCUCCGCUGAGAGACGACUUGUCAUUAUGGACGUGAUAUGAGGAGGAAGUUUUCUGUUUAAGAAUCCAUCUUGUUCUUUUGCUGUCGCUGUCCUGCUGGGAUGUGAUAACUGUGGGUCAUUAUACAUGAAAAUCCCCUGUCAUCCCAAUCCCCAAAGUCCCAGACCCUUAAAUCACAAAUCCUCCAAUUCCCAGUACCCCCGGCUCUUUUAUCUAAGAACGAACUCCCUGAAGUCCCUUUAACCAUAUCUCUACAGCCUUGGGUAGUAAAAUAAAUGCUUUGAAGCAUGUGAUUCAGAUCCAUUAAAAUUACCAUCACUAUACUCCUUGACUCCUCCUGUGAUCACACCUUCAUCCCUCACCUUUUAACCAGCAUUAGACACUUAGAACCCUGUGAUAGUUGAAAAUCCUCUCAGCCAUCAUGGCCUUGGAUCCGUGGCCCUUCCUCUCAGCUUCCCCCAACAUCUCCAUCCCCGAGCCCCUCCUGUAUGACAGCUACAUCCAAGGGAAUGAGUCCGAAUACCAGAACAUCACCGAGACCAGGGAGCCUCAUCAAGACAAGACCAGUUCAGUGGUCAUCACCUUCAUCUACUUCAUGGUGUGUGCCGUGGGAUUGUGCGGCAACACCCUGGUCAUCUAUGUGAUCCUCCGAUACGCCAAAAUGAAGACGGUGACCAACAUCUACAUCCUGAACCUGGCAGUGGCAGAUGUUCUGUGCAUGAUGAGCUUGCCGUUCAUCGCCCUGCAGCUGGCGCUGGUCCACUGGCCCUUUGGAGAGGCUCUGUGCAGGGUGAUCAUGACUGUAGACUCUCUUAACCAGUUCACCAGCAUCUUCUGCCUGAUGGUCAUGAGCAUCGAUCGAUACCUGGCUGUGGUCCACCCUAUUAAGUCCACAAAAUGGCGGAAGCCGAGGGUAGCCAAACUAAUCAACUUCACAGUAUGGGGUGUGUCGCUGUUAGUCAUCCUACCAACGAUGAUCUUCAGUGGGCUGGACAAAGUGCCAGUAUGUGGCAUCGUGUGGCCAGAGCCCCAGGAUGUCUAUUACACAGCCUUCAUAUUCUACACCUUCUUCAUUGGAUUCUUCCUCCCGCUGGCAGUAAUAUGUCUGUGCUACCUGCUCAUUAUAGUCAAGGUGAAAUCUUCUGGCAUGCGUGUGGGUUCCACAAAGCGCAAGCGUUCAGAGCGUAAGGUGACGAGGAUGGUGUCCAUCGUGGUGGCCGUGUUCGUCCUCUGCUGGCUGCCUUUCUACAUCUUCAAUGUCACCUCCGUCACCAGCUCCAUCAACCCCACCUCCGCAGUGAAGAGCACGUUUGACUUCGUGGUGGUGCUUGGCUACGCCAACAGCUGCGCCAACCCCAUCCUGUAUGCCUUCCUGUCGGACAACUUCAAGAAGAGCUUUCAGAACGUUCUCUGCCUGAAAAAGGUGGCGGGCCUGGACGAGAUCGAGCGCAGCGACAGCAGGGCGGACAGGAGCAGGAUGGUGAAUGAAGCCGUGAUCAUCAACGCCAACCUAGAGACUCACAAUGCUGCCCUGCUGAAUGGCGAGCUGCAGACCAGCAUCUGAAGACGAAGCAGCUGUGGUUUGGCCCUGGGAGGCUUGAGAGCAGUCUGAAGGGCUGCCAGUGCACUGCUAGUGACCCCGGCUCAAAGAUGCGGGGGCAGGAGUGUGAUGUAAUAGCUGCUCAUGGACAUGAGCAAAGUCUAAAUGAAAAAUAAACAAUUUCUUAAGGGAGUGAGGGAAAGUACACUGACUCCAGCUCGAAACUCCUGAUAACUGGGUUAAUGAGGCAACUUGAGCUGUUUAACCCUGAGGCGGAGCAAACAUGUAUUUUGACUGAAGUUAUUUUCAAUCACAUACUGGCAAGUGGUGUUGAAAUUAAAUGUUAUUAAAAGUGCUGUUUGUGCUAGCCAGCUUGUGGCUUCUAUCGAGUCAUCUUAAGUGAUCCUGACUAAACCAAAAUCGAAACAAGAUGCAGGAUCUGAGAGAGGGCCACUGUGGAUCCAGUAAAGAACUUCACCACUGGUAGAUGGAGGUCUGGGGGAUUGAGCACCAUCCAUUUUCUACUUGAUGGAUUUUUUUUUCCUGAAAGAUAAAAGGGUUCGGCAUUGAUUUUUCUGAAUAUGGAAAUACUGCUGAAGAAGUAGACCCAACAUUUCACUGGAAAAAGGCACAGCACAGUGUUUCUCUCGAGACGUUCAGAGAUAAAAAUCUGAAACUACAACCCAAAGAUGAAUAAUUUCACAGUCAUAUUUUAUUCAUGCCAGAUGAUUAGUCUUGUCUUACAUGAUCAGGCCAACAAAAAGGCAAAGCCCUUCUAUUUACCAAGAAAGAGAGGAUGCGCUCUUCCCUUUCUGGUUGGCCUUUUCACUAGAGAAGCUGCAUUGAUCUGUGAACUCUUGAAUUUAACAUUUUGGAUUAUUGAUUAGAAUGAAGGAUGGCAAAUCAUCUCUGCAGAAGCUCUAACCUUGCUCCUUCACAGCAGAGUGACUUUGUAUAUAGGAAACCUUUUCUGUCAGAGUCUUGGGGAGACAUGGAUGAGUCAAAUCAAAAUGAAUUUUAAAGGCAAACUCUGUUGUAACAGUCUGUAUUGUUGAGAUAUACAUUGAGUUUGUGAAAAUCACCAUAGUACUUUAUAAUGUGUCCUGAUCUAUACAAUAGUUGCCCUUGGUGCUGUUGUAAAGAGCCCACAUCUACUUGUAAAUUGCUGUUGAAAUGAGACCCUCAGAUUCACGUUUGAUUCAGUCAGUGCUGUGCUCGCAAAGAGGCCUAACAAUCAGAAGAAAACGUGUCAUGCAGUCAAACUCGGAGGGAGAUGUAGAGAGUAGGAUAUCAAAAGAACUCAAUCUUGUAUUGUAUCCACUGAGAAUACAAGAGACAGGAAGAGAGCUACUAGGUGUUUGUGUGUGGGUGAGUGAGAAGGAGAGAGACAACUUGAAACAUCUCUAUAUAAUCAUUUCAGAAUCCUUUUCAAUUCCAGCCAAAGAAGACCAUUUUGGAAGUUUGUCGCUCUCGGCAGUGAUGGCUUAGAAUGGCUUGAAAAUGUACAUAGAGAUAGAUCAAACACACAGUUUAUGUGCCGUAUUUUCCUUUCCGUAUUUUGCUUAAAGGUGUGUUUUAGCGAUUUUCUUUUGCACUUUCAUUAAGUUGCAUUGGUAUGUUUUCAAAGGAAUUGUCAGAUUGAAAGCUGCAGGAGCAAAGAUACACAGUCUCCAAAAACAAUCCAUUUCCCAACAUGCAACUGGAUAGCAUCUUUAAUCAAACCCUUCCUGUUUGGUUAAUGUCCUUGUCUUUCUAAUUCUGCAACAUUUGUAACAUAUACUAUAUAUAUACUGUGUAUUAAAGUGUUGGCAACAUCCA